GUUUCAUGAGGGUACCACAACAACACUGACCGCUGGUGCGAUGGCUAUCAGCAGUAAAGUGUUGUUUUCCUUAUGCUAUUAUAUAGUGGAAUGCGUCUUGGCAACCCAUGCCUUCAGUCAAGUCUCUGAUUCCUGUUACAAAAUAAUCCAGGACGACAGACCCAGAUUUGUCAAGACAUAUCCUCGUCCCCACGAAUACAUAAAUGUUUCCGAUCUCCCUAAAGCUUGGGACUGGCGAAACAUAGAUGGGAAGAACUAUGUCAGCACCUCCCGAAAUCAACACAUCCCUCAGUAUUGCGGUUCUUGUUGGGCCAUGGGUUCGACAAGUGCGCUUGCAGACCGCAUCAACAUCAAGCGCAAAGGAGCCUGGCCUUCCGCAUACCUGUCUGUGCAGAACGUGAUCGAUUGCGCGCGGGCAGGGUCAUGUUUUGGUGGAGAUCAUGUAGGGGUGUAUCAUUACGCACACAAGAACGGUAUUCCGGAUGAAACCUGCAAUAAUUACCAAGCCAGAAAUCAAAAGUGUGACAUGUUCAACCAGUGUGGCACCUGCACAACCUUUGGCUCCUGUGACACUGUGAAGAACUACACCAUUUGGCAAAUUGGGGAUUACGGGGAGGUGGAAGGACGAGACAAAAUGAAGGCUGAAAUUUACAAGAAUGGCCCAAUAAGUUGUGGUGUCAUGGCAACGGCGGGGCUGGAGGCCUACUCUGGAGGAGUGUUUGCGGAGUUCCACCCCAUCUCCCUGAUGAACCACAUCGUGUCAGUGGCUGGAUGGGGUGUGGAGGAGGAUGGCACAGAAUACUGGGUCGUCAGGAACUCGUGGGGAGAGUUUUGGGGAGAGCAUGGAUGGGCCAGAAUCGUCACUAGUGCAUACAAAGGAGGAAAAGGCAACUGGUACAACUUGGCCAUUGAGAAGAGUUGUGCAUAUGGGGAUCCAAUUGUGACCUGAGUGAAAGAGUGAACUGUUCAUUUAGCCACCAAACCACAAUAAGAUAGUUUGAUGUGACUUACAGCGUUUUCACACCUGGACCCCUUCAGACGCCUAAGCAAACUCUGAGUAGUGACUCAGCAUUUUCGCCGCAUAUGUGAACGCUCCAAAGCGUACCCACACCCCUCGGAAGCGAACCGUACUGAGACCUUGCUUGACGUGGUCUCAGUUCGGUUCGCUUAUGAGUUCUGACAAGUACACUUGUGACUAGCUGUAAUCACUUAAGGAGGGCUCUAGAGGACCGAGUGUGAUUAAAAAAAGAAGAGUGACACACCACAAAAGCCUAACAGGACCAGCAAGAUCAGUGAGUUCUUUAUUUAAUACACUUACAAUAUGAACAAAAACAGAACUGAGUCCUUGCUGUCGGUUCCCUUUUUGGUCCACUUAAAGAGGACUGAGUUUGGUUGGGACCAGGUGUGAAAACCCUAUAUAUCAUUCAUCUCUCUCUCUCUCUCUCUCUCUCUCUCUCUCUCUCUCUCUCUCUCUCUCUCUCUCUCAAUGUCAUAUGAAAGAAAUAUGACUUAUGAUGCAAAGACAAAGGUAAUCAUUUGUAGUAUGAAUAGGACUUCAAGUGAAGUGGUUCCCUGAGCAGAGCUGGGCAGUAUUCAGAUACAUGUAUUUAAAAUACGUAUUUAAAAUACUAUUGUGGUACAGAAAUGUAUUUUAAAAUAUGUAUUUUUAAUACAUGCAUUUGAAAUACUGCUGAGCUCUGUCCCUGAGCAUACGUCAAAUUUGCAGGUGAUGAUAAAGAUGUACAUAUUUUUAAUGGUGUGUUUCUGAAUGACAUUCAGUAGUUUAAUGUUACUGGAUAUUUUCUUGAUAUGAUAUUUAAUGCACAAUGUAUAGGUCACAGCUUAAAACUUGAUAUGUUGUUAGUUUGAAGAGCACAUUGUUAUUAUAUAGGCCUACACUAUAUUAUAGAGUAAUGCUAUAGUUUUUCAUUUGUUUCAGAUUCAUAUGUGUAUAUUGGCAAAUGAAUGUCCAGGUAGAUCACAUGCAUAAUUGAUUUGAACAGAUUUUAACAAUAUGAUUAAAAUAUCAUAAACAUAA